UUAUACUUAGCCAUAUAGUUUUAUUUACACUAUCUUGCAAAAGGAACUAGUACCUCGCAGUGUGAUUUAUUUCCCGGUCAUGACAAACAGAUGUAUAUCCUUCCUUUUAUGUACGUGCAAUUAAUUUGAAAAUACCAAAAUUAAAAAUGUAUUUUUUUCUGCUGAUGUAUAUACUUUGUAUCACACGGAUUUCAGCGUUCAGUGCACCAUUCACAGCCUACAUUGAGAGCUGUGUAUUGCACGUGACCUGGUCGUCCUCUGUUGUCACGUGUUCUACAACCAUCUACAAAGAGAACAACGAGUCCCUAGCAUUAACAGUCUCCUUGAACAACACUCGAGUCAAUUUUUCUCUGGAUUCUGACAGUACCUUUAAGGCAGAGAGUGGCGAUUGUAAUGGAGACCAAAUUAUGCCCGAUGACAUGGCAAUAAGAAAUAUAUCUACAGUGCCAGAAUUGGACGAAUGGCCUAACGUUACUGUCGUGAACAUAUCGGGCAGUACUGAACUAAACUGCACAGCAAGAGGAGCCAUGAAGGACGUCCACACAAGCUGGCAGAUACGUGGUUCUGAAAAAACUCUCAGCAACACAACUACUCUCCUCCUUAAAAGCGUCUCCUAUGCGGACACAGGAAGUUAUGUUUGUACCAUCCACUAUCAGUCGUGUGGUACUAAUACGACCCAGAACGGAAGGAAGAAUCUGACAAGGACAGUUUAUGUAGACGUCCAAGGUGCGCCAAUUUUAAUUUUACCUGAUAAAAGGAAAUCAUUCCAUGUCGCCAAAAGACAACCAAUUCUGUUCAGUAUUACAGUAGCUAGUUCUCCUCCUCCCAGUCUAAAUCUUACCAUCGUGAAGACUAACGACGGAAGCCUACUUCAAACUGGCGUUGAUUUCAACAGGACAGAUAAGUCGUUUUCUAAGGAUAUAGGCAUCUCUAGAGAAACUCCUGUGUACACAGCAAACAUACGUCUCGACAACAUAACGUCUAAUUGGACAGGAGAAUAUAUUCUGUACAUUAACAACUCUCAUGGAUACACUUCCUACAUGUUCUCCAUAAAAGUCUUUAGGGCCGAGAAAGUUCCAGUGUGGCAGUCCAUACUAUUGGAGAUUGUAAUAGGUGGUAUAGGAGGGCUCAUACUUCUGGCAAUAGUAGUGGGGAUCAUCUUCAUGUGCAGAACCAGAUUUAAGCGUAUGUAUUCACUAAUAGUAAGGAUGGAAUUAGUUGAAGCUGAGAAGAAAGGAAGCAUGGAAAGUUUGGAAGUUUUGGGUCUUGGUAAAACAACUAAUGGAUUUGAAAACUUGACCAAUAAGGAGGAACCAGACCACUACCGCCAGCUCCAAAGUUUGAAUACAUUCAACAAUCCAGAAGAUGCAAACUGAUAAUGGGAUUUUUCCAGUACAUCUUUUUGUGCCAUCAGAUCCUUCCUAAAGGACAUUAUACAGUAUGUACUAUUGUUGAAGAUAGUCCUGAAAGCAUUGAAGUGAUUUCAAAGAUUGAUUACCGGUGCCUAGAAACUUUGCAGAUUAAAGUUCAUCUGAAACAAGCACUUGUCUGUAAAACUGUCAGGCUAGCUGUUAGAUCACGUGUCAACAAUAUAUAACAAAAUAAAAAGACUUAAUAAGAAAUGAGUGUACAUUUUUAUUUAUAAAAUGAUAAGAGGUCACAGUAUUAAACAUUACAUGAAGUCACAAUACAACUCAAGCUACUGGCCAGGAAGUUUUCAAAAACAGAUUUUUUGUAGGAGGAGAGAAGUUCAGACUGGUAUACAGGAAGGAAAAGACAGAAAAGAUGAAUUUAUUUGAUAAAGAAAGCUUGUACACUCAUACAAAAUCUAGUGAUGAUUAUAAUCUCUUCCACACAGUACAGAGAUAAUUUCUAGAAAAGAAAACAA